AACAACAGUAUGAACAGUAUAAAGGCUUUCUUCUGUUGUAAGUUAAGUGAUAAAUGAUGUUGAAAUUAGGGUGCUGCAAGCACAGAUUACUAUCUUCCAUAAAAAUACAAUGGUUAGACUGCACUUUUGAAAAACUUCUUUGGUUAAAACUAAAAAAAAAAAAAAAUUAUACCUAAAUUAAACAUUAAAGUGCUGAUGUGAUUUUUUUUCUAGUUGUUUGAAAUCCAGCUAAACUCUGUUGAAGCACAUAUUUCAUUUAAAUUGUUGAUCGUUUAAAAUGAAAAGGCUAAUGUAGCCAACUAUUUUAAUUGCUGCAGUUAUAUAGGUGAUAAGUCUUCAAUUAUACCAAACUGGUUCUUUUCUCAGAAUUGGACAUCCAAUUAACAUGGAUACUAAUCACAACCUUCUUUUUUAAGAUAUAGAAUGUAUGGUGUCCUUGGCUAAAUUGUAUUGUGAGUGUUUCUUUAAAAAACAGCUCCAAACCCUAUAAUGAUUAUUUCUUUGUGAGAAUCUAGUGAAAUUUAUGUUCUUUAUCUGCUUAAAUUAAUGUCAUUUCCAAGUUGUUAUCCUUAAUUUUUAAAAAAUGUCCCUAAACUUUAUUUAUGUUAAACUGCAGGACAAUCAGCUGACGUCCCUUCCCCUGGAUUUUGGGACAUGGACUAGUAUGGUGGAACUCAACUUAGCUACAAAUCAACUCAACAAAAUUCCUGAGGAUGUAUCUGGACUUGUUUCGCUUGAGGUUCUUAUCUUGUCAAAUAACCUUCUAAGAAACCUCCCCCAUGGCAUUGGAAAUUUAAGGAAACUAAGAGAAUUGGAUCUAGAGGAAAACAAGCUGGAAUCUUUGCCAAAUGAAAUAGCAUACCUUAGAGAUCUGCAGAGACUGAUCCUAACAAAUAAUCAGUUGAGCACUCUUCCAAGAGGAAUUGGUCACCUUAUCAAUCUGACGCAUCUUGGACUGGGAGAAAACUUUCUUACACAGCUUCCUGAGGAAAUUGGUACACUGGAGAAUCUGGAAGAAUUGUAUCUAAAUGACAACCCACAUCUGAACAGCCUUCCUUUUGAACUGGCUCUUUGCAGCAAACUAUCUAUAAUGAGCAUUGAGAACUGCCCGCUCAGUACCCUUCCAGCUCAAAUUGUUGCAGGUGGACCUUCCUUUAUCAUCCAGUUUCUCAAAAUGCAGGGACCAUAUCGAGCCAUGGUCUGAUGGAUAUCUUCCCUGAUAAUGUACAAAAUAUAAAUGGCUUUCGUGGUGUCAUUCUGUAUAUAGUAUCUAGGCUACAUGGUGCCCAGAGUGGAUAAAAGAUGGAUUGUCCCAUACACUAUACUAAAUGCAAACUGCAAUGUUAGUAUUGUGUAUGUGUGUAUAUAUAAUAUAAUAUAUAGAUUGUAUAUUAUAUUAUAAAGCAUAGAUAAUAUAAAACAGGCAAAUUUAAGACCACAUGUAUGUGUUCCUGCUCAUAGAGGAAACAUAGCCAUUUAGAUUUUUUUUUCAUUGUAAAUGCUUGUUAAAGUUUUCUUUAGUAAAUUUGAUGGCUAUCUGGAUAAUCUGGGGUACCAGUUCACUGAAAAUAAUGUCAAAUAACUGCUGAUCAAUUUAAGGGAAAAUAUUUUUAAACCAAGCCUUUUCCUGUUGGAUAAAAAAAGCAACUUAGUCACACAAAUUAUUUUAUCAUUCCUUGUAGUUCACACUUUGUGACAAAAAAUCUAUUGGAAUUAUUUGUAUUUUCCUUUAUUCUGGAAAGUCCUUUAACUUAUUUUAAGUUUUAAAACAAAUGGUCUUGUAUGUUUACAGUCAGGGUAUGUCACUGGAUUGGGGGAUGGGAUGGGGAUUUACUCUGUUUUAUUGAAUCUAGAAGUUGUAUUCUUCUGCUGAGGGCUUUUUAUUGACUGAUUCAUAUUAUAACAAAAAUAUAAGUAACUAGUUAGUGAAAAAAAUAAGUCCAACAGAAGCUUGAGUUCCUUUGAAUUCAUCAGUUAUAAGCAUAUCAUACUGAAGAAGCAAUUUUACGGUUGCCUCAUUUAGCAUAAGCAACAUUUUUCACCUUAAGAAUUGACAAAUUUGUAGAGUCAUGUUCUGUUAAGAUUUAGUAUUGCAUUAAUGAUGGAUCUAAAAUGCAACAGAUAAUUGUAAGGAUUUUUCCUGGUCUUUGUGCAAUUAAUGAAUGUGUCUUUAUUUGAAACCCUGAAGUAUACAUAAAAUUUUUGGUCGGUUGACAAUGUUACUCCGGUUUUAUAUCUUGCCUUGCCUUGUACAUCCUUCCAUUAUUAUGGAGUGUCUGCGUCAAAGCACAAUAUCUUCAUGCUGUGCUGUUUUGCUGCUGAGCUAAAUGCACUUUUCCCUAUAAAGAUGGGACACUUGCUUCAAAAUAAUCAGUUCAGUACCAUGAUUUAUUCUCUUAACCUCAUCCUAUCAAUCUCAGUAUUAAAGUUUGGAAAAAAAAAAAAAAAGGACACUUUUUCAUUUGUAUUUAGAAUGUGAUUGCUCAAUAGAAAAACCAUUAAGUGAUUGAAUAGAAAACAUGUGGUUUACUGUCAUCUUCAUGGCUGUACAGAGGGCUAAUGAUGCUGCAGUGAUACUUGCUACUGCACUUGGUGUGCCAUUUCUAAUUGGAUUUUCACAUAGCAAUUACAUUCCAGAUACAUUUGUUUUCAGUGUCAGUUCAUUAUGAUGGGUUUGCUUAAGGGAUAUUAGAAUUUAAAGGGUUUGUUCUUGUUUAAAUUAUUCAUUAUAGAUGUCAGAGAAUUUUUUCAUCUGUUGAAAAGGGUUUUGUAUUUUUUUAUUUUGAUAUUAAGGUCUAUCAGAGAUAGUCAGAUAUAUUUAUCCUAUUGAAAUCAACACAAUUUACUGAAGGUUGCACUCAUAAACACCAAUAAGCUCUGAGUAAAUAUUGCUUAAGUUUGUUUUGUAGGACCCAUUGAUUUUAGUGGUUUUGGAUGUUCCUUUAGAUUGAGUCAACAUAACUUACUACCUUGAUCUCUUCUCUGAGGUGAUUUUAGUGUUCAUUAAUUUUAUCUCUGGCAAGGAAUAAAUCCCUUAAGAAAGGCAGGUAGAGAUAUAAAACCUUAAAGGGCUAUUUUAGAUGUCACUGGAUUUACAAAAGAUAAUUGGGUUGGAUCCAGAAUUACACAUAUGUAAUUGGCUGAUAGAAGCAGGCUUGGAAGGAUCUCAUAGAGGGAAGUGCUGGAUUUGACAAGCCUUUGGGAUUGUUUGCUGAAAAGGAAGAAGAAGCUGCCUGAAAAUUGCUAAAAGUCUCUUUCUUAAGGGUAUCCCUCUUUGUCUCUCAGACAUUGGGAAACUCCAUGGAGAAACUGAGACCAUUGGUCACUGGGAAACUAAUGUAGAGAAAGGAAUCCAAUCUUACCAGUCCUAUUGGGCAGUAUAGCUGAAUUCACACCAUUGAUUUUCCACCACUUACUUUAAAGUCAAUAUAUGAUUAGCUAAUUAACCUAGAUAAUUGUUGAUAAUAAUGUAUAGUUUCAGCUGUGUACAAGCAAUCUGUCUGAAAAUUGAAGUGUUAAAAUGCAAAGAUGCUUAUAGUGGUGGUUAAAAGAUUAAAAUCUACUUUUUGCUGAAGCUGUAAACUUGUUCCAUUGAUUCAGUAUGUGUGUGUUUUAUAUGUUGCCCACAUGCACUUUUAUUUUAGGUGGAAAUAAUUUUUUUCAAAUCAAUUGUUUCUCUUACUUUUUAAAGCCAAGUUUAGCCAUGUAUUGAAAAUUGUUCUAGGACGGAUUGAAGGAAUCUCAGUAGAAGUUUUUACAGAGUUAAAGUAGGAUAGUACGCUCAUAGUAGGCAGGAUUCACCUGCCACUUAGUGGAAUUGUGGGCAGAUUAAAUUGAUAGUUUAGUCUGUAAAUAUAUUGAUGUAAUUGUUCAUGUUGCAAGGAUUACAGUACUAUUUUUCUAUAGAAAAUCACUUGCAUGUUAGAAACUCUUUUUAUUUAUUCACUGAUCUUUUUUUUAAAAAAAAUUGAAAACAGCUUAAAAAAGCAGUGGAACUGAAAAACAUUUGCUUCAGCGUAAUAUGUAAAUCAGGAUUGAAAUACAUUCUGAUAUUUGGAACAGAAUCCAUGAUACUCCAAACUCCUGCUUAGAUUUAAUUUUUGCUAAAUGAGAAUAAAUUUACAAGAAAAUAUAAUAAAUUAUUGGCUAAAAAGUAUUAUAUAUCACAGAUAAUUGACAUUUUGACUUUAAAAAUUGAAUUUAUGAUUCCUGAAAAGUUGUAUUGUUUCUUUCCUUGGCAAAAUAGUGGAUUUCAACCAGUUACAUCUAGGAAGAUUUUAUGAACUGUACUGAAAGGAUUGACUUGGUGCCAGUCAGAUUUGGAGAGGAAAUUCUAGGAUUGAUUGAUUUUUACUGAGGCAUUUAAGGAUAUGUCUGUAGAGAAUUUUGCUUUCUCUUGUUUACUGUACAUUAUGUAAUAAUACUCAUUCAGUUCCACCUUUUGGUAAAACUUCAGAAUUUGUGGCAAUCUUUCCAAGUCUCUCUGAAAGGUUCUGAUAGCAGACAAUAUAUAUCUUCCAAUAAUGAAGAUCUGUUUAGUUAUACAUGUUGAAUAAGGUUUGAGUAACAGUAAGCCUUACAGCCAGAAUAAGGUUUGAGUAACAGUAAGCCUUACAGCCAGAUUUAAUUUUUGUUUUAAUAAAUCCAUCCCGGUUAAGAAAUAAUGACUUUCUUUUUUCAACAAACUACAAUUUGAAACUGAACUUGAGUUAUUUUAAAGCUUACACCUCCUAUGUCUGAAUGCACAACUGUGGCUUAUCUUUGUUUUUGUGGUUUGCCCAUUUUUUCUGGUUAUUGGAAAGAAGUUGGCAAAAACGAACCAAAUGGAAUCAUAUAAAAGGGUGACUAUGCUUUGUCUCUGUUCAACAACCCAUACUUCAAAUAAUCUUGGCUCAAUAUUUAUGAAUACAGCCUUACAUUUGUUCAGAAUGUCUCAAGUAGAUUUCCUAGCAUAUCUGGAAAAAUCCUCAGCCCUGUUUCAACAGUUGCUACCAAAGUUUAAUUUUUAAUAUGACAGAAGGGGAAGGUUAUUAAAUAUAUGAGGAGUAAUCAUAUCAAGAAUCUUUAAUUUAAUUUUAAUAUAUUAAAUCAAAUCUAGUUUUUGUUCUGGUCCUAAUUUUGAAGUAAUGUCUUCUACAUGUUGCUCAAAGGCCAAGUGCAUCUCUUAGAUCAAAAAAGGUUCCACACCUCUGCUAUGGAACGAAGAUAAACUCUCCCCUAAUUGCAUGUGAUGCAUUUGUUGUCAAUGUAGUGAUGAUAUACUUCGUUGGAUGAGCCUUAUAUUAGUGUGUUACAGUAGCUAAUAGGAUUUUAACGGAAAAUAGGACAGAAGGACUCUUCUUGCAGCAACCUAAAUUACAAUAGCACUACUGAAGUAGCUUCUUAGAAUUAUAAGUAUGAUAUCUCCAUCUUGAUACUUUUAGAUAUAAAAUUCAGUCCCACCACCUAGGAAUAAAUUAGAACAUUGAAAUAAUAAUUGGCACUAUUUGUCUUUUCAAAAUGAGUUUAUAUAUCUUUGUCAUAUAUCAUGCUUAGAAUUUUAAUAGAAACUAAAAGGCUACAUUCAGGGACAAGUUAAAGGAAAAGAAUUGAACAGUGUAAUUGUCUUAAAGUUUUUCCCCCAAACUUCCUUGGUAGGUAUUUUAAAAUUUGUUUUCAGUUAAUAAUUUGAAUCUUUGCAAAUGUUUAGGGUGAAAUCUGAUAUUGUACGAAUGCAUUUUUGCUGGCAAAACUUGAUUUUCUCCACUGCCAUCCCCCCAGAAUGCUCUUCCAAAAUGCACUUUUGGAGUGCACCCCCAACUCUCAGGGCAUCUUGAGACUAUGAGGUGAGAUCUUCAGGGGAUUGAAUCACUCUCCCCUGGUUCUGGAGGACAGCCAUCAGCAGAAAAACAGCACUGGAUUCCAGCACUGGGUUUGGAAGAGAAUUUUGCACGCUAAAAUAGUUUGCCAAACAUUUCUAAGAAGAGACACCUACUUGCAAUCAACAGGAUAAGCAAAUUUUAAAGUGGCAUGUUUCACUUGGGCAGUUUUUGAAACUGAACCUUGGAAUGGUUUUAUAUUCUUCACAUAGCAGGGGGGGGAAAACAAAAGCAUUCCUGGCUAUUCAAAAAUCUGAACGCAACAGACCAUUUGUAAAGCCAAUAUUGCACUUCCAUUAUAUCUUUAAUCGGCAUGUCAGAACUUGCUUUCAAUUAGGUAUACACUUGGCGGUAAUUUGCACAAUGCACCAACAUUAAAAGGCACAUGUAGGACAAUUGCAAAUGAUAAUAUCUGCAAGAAAGAUCUGAUGGCUUUUUUAUUCAACAAAGAUCUGAAGAUUCUGUUCAUUGUUUCAAUGUUGCAGUCUUAAGCAGGACGAUACACGAUUCUGCCUGAUUCUAUGAGUCCAUGCUAAUUUGUGAAUUGAUAAUGAAAGCAUGUAAACGGCCUACAAAAAUGUACUUUCUGAAUUACUGUAAUGUUGAUUGUUAUGUCUAUAAAAUAUUGCCUUGCUUUUUUAUAAGUCAUUCUGUAUCAAUGUAUUCAUUAUAAAUAGUAUAUUUGUAAAGGAGCCAUCCCUGAGUCUUUUGGGCGUUUUCUACCGAUCAAGUCUAAUUUUGUCUAUAAAACUGCAGCCUUGCAGUGGAUUGAUACUUUGCAUUUAGAGUCAUUUUUUUCAGAGUUCUUUGUAACCUGCAAACCUUUCCUUCUUGUCUGAAAUAAGCAAGAUAGAUAAAAAGCUGAACUUUUAUAAAGGAAAUCUUGGUUUAAAACCUGUACUUCCUGUUUUCUCUCCCCCACCCCCAACCAGGCACACAUUAAAAGAAAGAAUGGAUUGCAAUAUUUGGUAGAUGGAAUAAUAGUUUUGAUGUUUGGUGCAUACUGCAUUUUAUAUUUCAUAUGCUGAAAAUAUGGGACAUCUUUUCCUGGAGGCAGCCAAAUACAAAAAAGCAUACAAACCUGUUUUUUUCCCCCAGAUGCAUUGCAGAUUAUAUGCAUUCUAAGCUACUUGAGUGAAGUACAUAUUACAUGUUUGCACUUUUCUCUAAGGAAUAUUUUGCAGUAGAAAAUAAUUCAUAUGAUCUUUAAAGUGCUUAACCUUACCUCAAGGUUAAAUAAAAACAUUAUAGAAGUAAA